UCUUCGCGAGCGGCGUUGUGUUUACAGGCAGACUGCAGACGGAGCGAAGGAGACAGUGCGCCUACCUGCGCCGUGGAUUCAUCUCGUCUGGCUUCCGUCAACGCGGUCUCGCUCGUCCGGACACUUGCAAUAUAUAUAUCCGAAGAAGUGUGUUCCAUCCACGAUAUUUCGCUUCCGAAACCCCGCUGUAUCGGCGAUGCAUUUCGGCCACAACAACAACAACAAGGAGGCGGUGAGUCGGUGCACGAUGAGCGGAGACGAGGGAGGCUGCGGUCUGAAAAGCACGCUCUGAAUAUUCUUCAAACAAACUCUCCUUUUUUUUUUUUUCCCCCGCAAAAAAAUGUCAGCAGUGAAUAUUUAGGAGUACUUUCGUGCGGUUGUUCGCCCGGGACUAUUUUUUUUUUUGGAAUAGCGCACAGCAGCGUGCACGUUAUGCAGACAUGGAGCGUGAAGAUGCGGAUUACGGAGGAAUCCCCGCCGCUUGUUUAUUAGUCCGCACGGUUCCAGCGCCUUCGUCUACACCGGGCUUGUGAAGAGUGGAGCAUGUGGACAUUUUUAUCCGAGGUUGGGUGUUAAAAGCGCGGCUUUUCGGCGAGCUAACCGCGCUAGCUUGUGUGUGCUAGCCAUUAGCCUCAUUAGCUAACGGCUACAAGGCGCUGGCCGAACAUUUUUAAAGGCAUCUUUUUUCUUCUUCUUUUUUUUUUUUACCCCAACAAAGGGAGAGAGAGAGACAAAAAAACCUGUUUCAACGGACCACGGCCGUGUUUGUUCACAGGCGUCGGGAGGAUUUAACUCCCCCAGGAAUGUGGGCUCCGAUGGAAGGAAGGAGCCGCUUGACCUUGUUUUGGGGUCUGAUGCUGGCGGGGGCGUGCUGCCUCCGGCCCGCCGCCGCAGAGAUUUGCGGCCCGGGCAUCGACAUCGGCAAUGACAUCAACGAAUUUCGGAGUUUGGAGAACUGCACUGUCGUGGAGGGCUACUUGCAGAUUCUCCUCAUCACCGAAAAGAACAACAACCUGGAUGUCUUGCGCUCCCUCACCUUCCCCAAGCUGACCAUGAUCACCGACUACCUGCUCCUCUUCCGGGUGUCCGGCCUGUACAGUCUGAGCACGCUGUUCCCCAACCUCACGGUGAUCCGCGGCCGCAACCUCUUCUAUAACUACGCCCUGGUCAUCUUCGAGAACAUCAGCCUGAAGGACAUCGGCUUGUACAACCUGCGGAACAUCACCCGAGGCGCCAUCCGUAUCGAGAAGAACCCAGAACUGUGCUACCUGGACUCCAUCGACUGGUCGCUCAUCAUGGACGCCGAGUUCAACAACUUCAUCGCCGAAAACAAGCAGUCCAAGGAGUGCAGCGACGUGUGUCCGGGCAUCAUGGAGAACAACCCGCAGUGCAGGAAGACCAUGUUCAAAAACAACUACAACUACCGCUGCUGGAACUCCAACCACUGCCAGAAAGAGUGCCCGCAGAAGUGUGAGCGGCGGGCGUGCACGACGGGGGGCGAGUGCUGCCACCCUCAGUGCCUGGGCAGCUGCAGCGUCCCGGGAGACGACACAGCCUGCGCCACGUGCGUGCACUACUACCACCAGGGCCGCUGUGUUGCCGACUGCCCCGCCGGCACCUACAAGUUUGAGGGCUGGCGUUGCAUCAGCGCCGAGGUCUGCUCCAAGGUCCACCUGCCCGACUACGACAGCUUCGUCAUCCACGAGGGAGAGUGCAUGACCGAGUGUCCCUCUGGGUACACGCGGCCCUCGCUCGACAGCAUGUCCUGCACAGCCUGCGACGGCCUGUGCGAUAAAGUGUGCGAGGAGAAGGUCAUCGACUCCAUGGACGCCGCUCAGUCCCUGAAAGGCUGCACGGUUAUCAAAGGCAACCUGCAUAUCAACAUCCGCAGAGGCCACAACAUGGUGGCAGAGCUGGAGAGUUUCACAGGUUUGAUCCAGAGAGUGACGGGCUACGUGAAGAUCAGACACUCGCACACUCUCAGCUCGCUGGCCUUCCUCCGCAGCCUACGAUACAUCGAUGGCGAGGAACUUCUAGAUGACAUGUACGCCUUCUCCGCCUUCGACAACCAGCAGCUCCAGUAUCUGUGGGACUGGAAGCAGCACAACCUCACCAUCAGGACCGGGAAGCUCUUCUUCCGCGCCAACCCCAAGCUGUGCGUGUCCGAGAUCCAGAAGAUGUGGGAGAAGACGGGCAUCCGGGAGCGCUUCGACGAGAGCGAUUACCGCAACAACGGCGACCGAGCCAGCUGCGAGAGCACCAUCCUGCAGUUCAAGUCCAACCUGACCAGCAGCACCAGGAUCAAGCUGACCUGGCAGCGCUACCGCCCUCGAGACUACAGAGACCUCAUCAGUUUCAUCCUCUACUACAAAGAGGCGCCUUACCAGAACAUCACCGAGUUCGAGGGCCAGGACGGCUGCGGCUCCAACAGCUGGAACAUGGUGGACGUGGAGCUGCACCAGGACAGGGACUCGGACCCCGGCGUGCUGCUGUCCGGCCUGAAGCCGUGGACGCAGUACGCCGUGUUCGUCAAGGCCAUCACGCUCAUGGUGGAUGACAAGCAGGUGCCCAGCGCCAAGAGCAAGGUGGUCUACAUCCGCACCAGCCCCUCAGCACCCUCCAUGCCUCAGGACGUGCGAGCCUACUCUAACUCCUCCACCCAGCUGGUGGUGCGCUGGAUGCCCCCUCUCUCCCCCAACGGCAACCAAACCUACUACCUGGUCCGCUGGCAGCAGCAGGCCGAAGACCGAGAACUGUACCAGCACAACUACUGCUCCAAAGAGCUGAAGAUCCCUGUAAGGAUUGCAGCUGUCGGCGUGGGAGACCAGGAGGAAGACACCAAACCCACAAAGGUGGACACCGACGGCGCAGAUAAAGGCCACUGCUGCCCUUGCCCAAUGUCACUGGAAGACCAGGAAGCUGAGGCCGCGGAUGCCUCCUACCGGAAAGUCUUUGAGAACUUCUUGCACAACUCUAUCUUCACACCAAGGCCACCGGAUCGUCGCCGCCGAGAUCUGUUCAGCAUCGCCAACGCCACCCACUCUCGCCGGCACCGGCCGCACGGCAACAGCAGCACCACUCCUCCCCUGCAGGCCGCGGUCAACAGCAGCGGCGUGGAGUCGGACCAGACGGAGCGCGAGCUCGAGUUCCUGGAGCGUGCGGUGACCGAGCGCGAGCUGCAGAUUUUCGGCCUGCAGCCGUUCACCGUUUACCGCAUCGACGUCCACGCCUGCAACAGCCAGGUGCAGCGCUGCAGCGCCGCUGAGUUUGUCUUUUCCAGAACCAAGCCUGCAGGUUUGUGGAACCGGCUCACAUGUGUUUGUCUUCAGCCUGAUGACGCUGCUGAUAGUCUCUCGCUCUUUUUCACCAUCUGCCCAGAAAAGGCAGAUGACAUUCCAGGCCCGGUGACCUGGGAGGGCCACGAGGACUUUGUGUUCCUGCGCUGGCCGGAACCGUCUCACCCCAACGGCCUCAUCCUCAUGUACGAGAUCAAGUUCAAACUGGGUUCUGAGACUGAGAAGCACGAGUGCGUUUCGGGUCAAAUGUACCAAGGCCAGCGGGGUGUCCGUCUGUCCAACCUGAGUCCAGGAAACUACUCGGUGAGGGUGCGAGCUACGUCGCUGGCCGGUAACGGAUCCUGGACACACCCGGUGGAUGUCUACGUGGCUGAACGAUAUGAAAAAGUCCUCUAUGCUUUCAUAUUGGCCCCCAUCACCAUCAUCCUGCUUAUCUGCCUGGGGGUCGGAGCUCUCUUCGCCUUGAACAGGAAAAGAAACAGCGAUCGGCUUGGAAACGGUGUGCUGUAUGCGUCCGUCAACCCUGAAUACUUCAGUGCGGCUGAAAUGUAUGUGCCCGACGAGUGGGAGGUGGCGCGGGAGAAGAUCGUCCUCAACCGCGAGCUCGGCCAAGGCUCUUUCGGCAUGGUCUACGAGGGCCUGGCCAAAGGUGUGGUCAAAGACGAACCGGAGACCCGCGUGGCCAUUAAGACGGUCAACGAGUCAGCGAGCAUGAGGGAGCGCAUCGAGUUCCUCAACGAGGCCUCCGUCAUGAAGGAGUUCAACUGUCACCAUGUGGUUCGCCUUUUGGGGGUGGUGUCCCAGGGCCAGCCCACUCUUGUCAUCAUGGAGCUGAUGACCCGAGGAGACCUCAAGAGCUACUUGCGCUCCCUCCGACCUAAAGAGCAACAGUGGACCAGUUUGUCCCUGCCGCCCCUGAAGAAAAUGCUCCAGAUGGCGGGCCAGAUUGCAGACGGCAUGGCGUACCUCAACGCCAACAAGUUUGUGCACAGAGAUCUGGCGGCCCGCAACUGCAUGGUGGCCGAGGACUUCACCGUCAAGAUAGGAGACUUCGGCAUGACCCGAGACAUCUACGAGACCGAUUACUACCGCAAAGGUGGCAAGGGUUUGCUACCCGUCCGAUGGAUGUCACCCGAGUCUCUGAAGGACGGCGUGUUCACCACUCACUCCGACGUCUGGUCGUUCGGGGUGGUGUUGUGGGAGAUAGCCACGCUGGCUGAGCAGCCCUACCAGGGGCUGUCCAACGAGCAGGUGCUCCGUUUCGUCAUGGAAGGAGGCCUGCUGGAGAAGCCGCAGAACUGUCCUGAGAUGCUGUUCGAGCUGGAGCGGAUGUGCUGGCAGUACAACCCCAAGAUGCGACCGUCCUUCGUGGAGAUCAUAAGCAGCAUCAAGGACGAGCUGGAGCCCUCUUUCGCCGAGGUCAGUUUCUUCUUCAGCGCCGACAACAAGCCGGCCGACGCCCCCCCGCCGCCGCACAUGGAGGAGGUCCCCUUGGACACGCCCUCUUCCGCACAACCGCAGCAGGCGCCGGGCACGCUGCCGACGCCGCCCUCCCCGAGCUCGCAGCCUCAACCCGGGCCCUCGCUAGCCCCCGGCUCGCCCUCUUCCACACCCUGCACGUCGGCAGGCGUCACGGACAAGGAGCCCACCGGACACCAGCCGGCCAAUGGCCUCUCGGCGACGGCGGCGGGGCCACCCAACGGGACGGGCUCCGUAAUCACCAUGCAACAAUCUCUGGACGAACUGCCGGCGUACGCUCACAUGAACGGGGGGCGUAAAAACGAGCGCACCAUGCCCCUUCCUCAGUCAUCCGCCUGCUGAUUGGACGUCACCGGACUGCAAAAGGGUAUUAUUUUUUUCCUUUUUUUUUUUUUUAAAGAUGGGUGAAGCUUCCUGGAGAGGAGCAAAGACUCAUGGGAAGGAAAAACCAGUCAAGUGGUCCAUGUUUUUUCUGCUGUAACUUCCACACAUUUUCAUUUCCACCAGCCGCUGUCAAGAUGCAACACUGCCCCCUGCUGCUGAGUCGUAAACGAGGGACGUCGCCUGCAAAGCUUUGUUACUUUUUUUUUUAAACUGUAAAAAAAAAAGAAUGAAGCAUUUAUAAAAGACCAUUUCGGGCGGGCAUUACGUCGCAAACGGAAAUGAAGCACUUAAAGAAGUCUGCCAAGCAGAGGGAAGUUUUUCGUUUUUGGAAUAUUCUUCGCUCUGCUCUACAUUUUUUUCCACAGCUACUUUCUACAUAAAACAACAAAAAAAAAAUUCAAAAAUCAACUUUAUCUGAGCCACAACUCGUCACAAAGUGCUGUUUUUUCGUGGUUUCACCGCCAAUUCAAGCAGGAGGAGAAGAAAAAGAACUGAAGAGGGCCGAGCGAGCAGCCGGGCGUCAUUGUUGUAAUUAUUAUUAUUUUUUAGAUCAUACAUUUACAACAUCUCCGCAAGCAAGAGCAUUUACGCCAAUUGUUUGUCACUUUUUCUACCUUUUUAUACGGUCGAAGAUCUUGUACAGAAGAAGAAGAAAAAAGCUGCUAUUCCUUAUUAUUUCUCUCGUGGUUGUAAUAUAGAGGAUUUAUCUAUACAAAUAUAUAUAUAUAAAUAUAUAUAUAAAUAUGAAGAGACCUUCAGGUUGAAUCUAAGAGUGUUUUCACUGCAGUUUCCUAUUAUUUUUGUUAUUAUUUUUGACGACCAUAAUUGUUGACUGAGCUGGUUUCAAAGAGGUACGUACGGCCCGCCGGUUGUUUAUAAAUCCGAUAACUCCCCAUAACACCAUAUAGUAACGUCAGAUGCCCCCCCCUAAUUAAAAUCUCAGGUCAAAAGUGGGAAAGUUGCAUGGUUAUUUAUUAUUCAAUUUGUAUUUAGUUAUGCGCAACUGUCGGAUUGUUAAUUGUCGUCGAAAUUAUUCAUGUUAAAUAUAUCUUUGAUUGCAAUUUGUUGAUAAUAAUACCUAGCUUUAAUUCACCCGGCCCUUCAAUCAAACAAUACGCCAUUUAUUGGUGAAUCGUCCUCAAAAACCGAUCACCGCAAUACAUUUUUCAGACGGUACCGCUACGUCUUUCCAUUAAUGCUCGUUUUUGUAGCGCUAAAAAAACCAACAUUGUGAACACACUACAUUUCAAAGCGACGAUUCCAAGUCGCAGAUUGCUACAGCUAACACUAAACGCGAAAGUGAUCAAAAACUGGGGAAUAUUAGCGCUGCGGAGAAGGAAAAGCACUAUUUUCUUUACGGAGUAUGGUACAUAUUGCUAAUCAUCCCGCUAACUGACUCUGUGUUGUUUUUGCGACGUUAUGACUUCGAACAAUUGUUGAGAAUUUAUUUAUUUAUAUGUCUACCCCCGUCACACCUGAAGACGUUUACUGAAAAAAUGUGGUUUUGCCUGAAAAAAAAAAUCCACAUUUGGACUACCAGCCCAGUUUUGCGGUUAUUUAUGUUAGUUGUUUUUGUCCUGAAGUGUAAAUCACUGUACAAAAUACCCUGAUGAGGUUGUUUUUUUAGGUACAUUUAUGAUGUGUUGUUUUUUUUUUUGCUACUUUGGGAAGGGAAGGUUUGUGCUUUUUUUUUUGUUUUGUUCGACCAGCCAUCUACCUCAUUGUUUUUUUUUCCUUUGUUUUUGUUAUGAUGCGUACUGGAUUUCAAAACAUUUUUGUUUCAUGAGGAGCUUUAGAGGGCCAACGUCAAACCGCCAAGCAAAACCAUCCUACUCCAAGCACAGAAACAUGGGAUUGUAUUUCAUAAUCUACCCAUUUGUUUGAUUCUUUACUCUUCCAAGUAAUCCGCUUGACCGCAUCUGCCAAUUUUGAAAAUUGUGAAAAUUCUAAGUUUGAAAAGUAAUGUAAUUUAAGUUUGGGAUCAAUAUAAGGAACUAUUGUGGAAGGAAGAAAAAGUUGGAAAUAUGGCAUCAAGCAAUUAUUUUUUUACAGGGUAAAAAAGUCAAUUUUAGAUUAAAACAAUUUAGAUAUGACAAGAAUAAAGUCCUAAUUUGAUCAUCUGAACCUCGCAAAAAAUACACCGCUUUAUUUGCGUACUCUAUGAAACCUUUUUGUCGAUCAGUGUUUAUUCACAUUUUAUUUUCUGACUUUUUUUUGUUAUAAAAAAACAUCUCCCCCGAGAUCAUUCAGCCUGUUAAGUAACAUUAAACCUUCAUAACGACACUGUUAUUCAUGUAACGUUACAAAUUUUAUUUUCGUAAGUUUUUUAGUUUUUUUUACAACUUUUUCUUGUAACAUAUGAAGACAAGAUCUUCACAGCCACAUUACUGUCUCUAACGUUUAUCUUAAUAUUUGUAUGACUUUUUCUCGUAUCAUUAGGCCUUUCUCUUUUUUCCAGUAACUUAAAAAUGACUUAUUUCUAAUACGGCAACUUAUUUUUCUUAAAAUGUCGAUUUCAUAUGAUAAAUUCCCUGUAAUAUUUCAAUAUUAUUCUUGUGGAUUUCUUUCUGGUGAUAUUUCCACUUGAUACUUUUUCACUUGAUAUUACGACUUUAUUCUAGUAAUAUUGAGACGUUCUAUUGUACCCAUAAAAAUACGACUUUAUUCACAAAAUAAGCAUUUUUUUCACUCAAUAUUUCAACUUUAUUCCUAUAUAAACAACAUUAACUAAUCCUAAAAGAUCUGGAAUUUUUCUUUCUUCCAAUAUUGCGACUUUAUCCCUGAAACAUCACCAUAUUAUUUCUUAUAUUCCAACUUUUCCCACACUGUAAUCUUGUGUGUAUAUAUAUGUGUGUGUGU